AAUAAGCUCAAGCCAUCAGGGAAACAGCGUUGACAGCAGUAUAUAUAACUUUAUAAUAGACAGUUAUUAAAGUAGUGCGAGGCGGUGAAAAGACACGGAGGUGCUGCUGGCUAUUUUCAGCCAGAGUUCAGUAUAUCCAUCGUGCUGCGCUGGGGCGUCCCACCAGAGGGACUUACUGUGAUUUGUCACUCACAUUCUUACCGUCCGUGUUUGCUGGGGACUUUGUAAACAACAGCAUCAACAUUCCACUGGACUCGACUGUUGUGACGUUUGCUGAACUUGACCCAUGAGUGUGUAGUGGACUGCCUAAGACUUCUCUCGGCAUGUGAGGAAAGUCAUAGCCCCUACUUUGUUGCCUCCAGUCAGGAGACGGAACUUAAAGCCCGGAGGUGAAGAAGGAUAUUUAAAACCAAGUAAAACUACAAGUCUCUUAGACACUUUUCUCCAAAUUUCCAUUUCUGUGUGUCUGCUGCUUUAAUGCGGUGAAGCGAGGACAAGUCAGGUUGGUGGCUUUGAAUUCACGAGUCUCAAGUUUCUGCCGCCCUGGCCAGUGAUAUUAAAGCGUGAAUUUGACCUGGGAUAAGUUGUCAACAAGAGAAGUUGCAGAGGCAAACUGGCAGUUGUACAUGUAAAUUUACAUGCAUGGGCAUACGCAUAUAAAUAGAAGCAGUCUGAAGGACUAAUCAGCCCCUCUGUGCUCGUGCGUAUGUUUUAGACCCGGGACACUCAUCGUACUCGGUCAUCUUUAUCAUAUUCCCAGUGAAACCCACGCGUAUCGCUUUGGCUGUAAGGGUAGGUGUCGUCGCAUGGACUGACAUGGCCACCGAUCUCGCCAUGAGCGCAGAUUUGCCCAACAGCCCUUUGGCUAUAGAAUAUGUCAACGACUUCGACCUCAUGAAGUUUGAGGUCAAGAAAGAGCCCCCGGAGGCCGAGCGCUAUUGCCACCGCCUUCCCCCGGGCUCGCUGUCCUCUACUCCGCUCAGUACACCCUGCUCCUCCGUGCCUUCCUCGCCCAGUUUCUGUGCUCCAAGUCCCGGGUCGCAGCCUGGUCAGAACCUCGUUAAUGGCGUCAACAACAACCACAACAACAAUAACAACGGUGGCGGCAACAACAACAACACCACCCAAAACUCCUCGGGCAAGGCACAGCUGGAAGAUCUCUACUGGAUUCCAAACUACCAGCAUCAUAUCAGUCCAGAGGCCCUCAACCUGACACCCGAGGACGCAGUGGAAGCGCUCAUAGGGAACGCGCACCACCACCACCAUCACCACCAGCCCUACGAUGGAUUCCGCGGUCAACAAUACGUUGGAGAAGACCUCUCGGCGGCCACGAACGGUCACCACCAUCCGGUGCACCACCACCACCACCAUCACCACGGCCACCAUGGGCACGCGCGCCUCGAUGACCGCUUCUCAGACGAGCAGCUGGUGAGCAUGACGGUGCGCGAGCUCAACCGGCAGCUGCGAGGCUUCAGCAAAGAAGAGGUAAUCCGUCUCAAGCAGAAACGGCGAACCUUGAAGAACCGGGGCUACGCGCAGUCGUGCCGCUACAAGCGCGUGCAGCAGCGGCACAUGCUCGAGAGCGAAAAGUGCACGCUUCAGAGCCAGGUGGAGCAACUCAGGCAAGACGUGGCGCGCCUGAUCAAAGAGCGGGACCUGUACAAGGACAAGUACGAAAAGCUGGCGAGUCGAACCUUUAACGGCGGCGGUGGCGGUAACACUCGGGACCCGUCCAACGGCACUCACGGCAAAACCACUUCCACGGAAUUCUUCAUGUGAGAGUGGUUCUUGUUAGAGACUUUUCCACAUCAACCUAUUCGUUUUUGUUUUGUUUUUUAAUUUAAUUUUUAUGAUUUUCAGUGUGAAUUUUAUUUAGAAUUCUUCCUAUCUUAAAUACUCUGUACACAUUCAUUACUUCAUACAGCGCCAUAUUUAAAGCCACUUCAUUGUUUGUGUACUUAUAUUAUUGCACCAUAUAAGUCUUAAAGAUGUAGUGUAAUGUUAGGAUUAUCUUCCACAGAUACUGCACGGACUCUUCUACUUUAUAAGACAUCUGAUCUAAAUAUGGGAUCACACAUAACCUCCAAAGACACUCCAGGACUCUCUAGAUGCGUGUGUUGUUUCUUUUUUUUUAUUAAUAGGCUAACUGCAAUGCCCGACAUGUUUAGGGGCACACAGGCGGGUCGCUAACAGUCAUUAAACCGCGUCCAUAAUAUAUGUUUUCCUUGUUUUAACGGAUUGACGAGUCUUAAUGGCGAUGAGACUAUGCUGCAAACGAAAUGUCAGAUUUGAAUAGACUUUGGAACAAACGAUAUUAAUAAAACACAUGAAAGCUGAGAUCAGUACAACAUUUACUUCUAUGAACUGAUGUUGAGGGGACUUGUGAACUUUAAGGGCCCUCAAGCAUUGCUCAAGUGUGCAUUACCCCACCAAUCCUGCAUGCGGGACAUGUAUGGUACUCCAAUCUUGCCAAGUACUUUCUAUAUUUCCCUAACAGCAUUUGGAUGAUGAAAAGCAUGGCCCUUAAGCACUCCCUUCUUUUUUUUCGUAUCUCUUUUUCGACACGAACUUUGUAGUUAUGUGAAAGAGCUCAUGCGUACCUACAAAAUUCACCUGAAAUCUGUUCUUACAUUUGUUUUGAUUAUUUAAAAGAAUGAGAACAAUCGAAGAAAAAAAGAGAGAAAGAAACACAGAACUGAGCCAGAGUUUUGAAGUUAUUUAUUACCACUUGUACAUAUGUAAAGUUCAGUUGGUGUGUUCAUUUUCCUUUCUUUUUAAAGUCAUUUUUGCUUGAUUAUUUAAAACGUCUUAAUACAAUGUUUGUAUGUAAUAGCAUGCAAAUGACAAAGAUACUCUCAUCCUGUUGAAUAUGUACCAUUUCAAAAGAAGCCUACUGCACUAUGAUUCGAAGAAUUGGGAUAUAAAUGACAUUUAUUUUCCUCUGUGCUGAUCGAAUUGUUGUUUUGGUGGACAUUGUUACUCGAUCUAAAGUCGGUCAUAAAGUGCACCAUAAACACAAGGACUUAAAUUGCUGCUAAUAUUCUAUGCACCAAAUUCGAAAGCAAUGAACAGAAGCUCUGAUUAUGUGAAUUUUGUACUUUAAUCUAAAUUAAUGUAGAAGACUGGUAAGACAUGGAAUUCAAAGUAACAAAAAUCCAACAUCUCGUUUAAGAAAGCUUUUUUCUUAAUGGACGGAAUGAUGAAUGACAAAACUUUUUAUUGGAAAUAUUUGACAUCCGACGUCAAUAAGGCAAGGAGGGCUGGUUGAACUCUAGCCUACGCUGUAGCCUAUCCUGUAUUCGGCUUUUAAGCAUUUGCCUAUUGUUUUGCAUUGCAACAUUGUAACGAUAAUAGGCUUCCAACCAUAAUCGAUUUCUCUAGACGUCACAAGAUGCGGAUAGUAGCCUAUUCUAAAAUAAUAGUGGGACUUGUGUGCAAACAUAUUGAAGUUAUCAUGCGCAUUUGAUUGUGAUCAUUUAAGGUUGAAAUAUUGCCUAACUAGUUAAGGCAGAUGUAAAAAAGUUAAAUAGAACUUGCCAAAGUGGAUUUCAGCAUUAUUUAAUGCACGUAAAUUGUCUUAAGUCAGUUUUCUCUCUGUCUCCGACCUGUGUAUGCGUAAUCCCCUAACAAUAGCAAAUAUAUCGCCCAGACUUCUAAAAUAAGAUCGCCACGUAUGCUCCCUUAAAUUACUAUCUGCUUGAAAUUCUUACCUGAAAACCACUAUUAACAUUGAUUUAAUUGUUUUGGUUCAAUUAUGAUGCAGUCGUUACGAAGCAAUCUCUCUGUCUAUUGGUCUACUUUGAGGCACCGCAGCUCCAGGUUACAUAACCACAUGUGCUGUCCAGUGUUUUGUCUUCUGUAAAAAAUCAAAUCAAUAAAAUGAAAAUUAAAAAAAAACUUGUACAUAGGCUUUAAUUUCUAUAUAUUUAUCGAAAAAUAUUAAUGUCCUUACGUGUCAGUAAGUCCAAACCAAAUGUUUCAAAAUGGAAUGUUGUUCAGAAUCUUGUUUUCAUAAUGUUUAAUAAAAAGUU